AUGGCGCUGAACGUAAAGAUGGGAGGUCCGGUCUGUCUGAUUAUGAACUCCACAGAUGGGAAGUUAGAGGUGAACUCAGAUGCUCUGGAGAUCUUGUCUGGAAUCUCUCAGCCAGUAGUGGUUGUGGCUGUUGUGGGCUUGUACCGGACAGGAAAAUCAUACCUGAUGAAUAAGCUGGCUGGGGUGAAUAGAGGCUUUGAUUUAGGAGCUACCAUAGAGGCUAAGACAAAAGGUAUCUGGAUGUGGUGUGUUCGUCACCCGACUAAAGCGAAUUGCACGCUAGUACUGUUGGAUACGGAGGGAUUAGGAGAUGUGGAAAAGGGUGACAAGAAAAACGACAUCUGGAUUUUCUGCUUAGCUUUGCUGUUGAGCAGUGCACUGGUUUAUAACAGUAUGGGAACAAAUGAUCAAGAUGCUCUUGAUAAAUUACACCUCUCUACGGAAUUGACAGAAAAAAUUAAGAUAAAAUCUAAAGACAACGAUGAUGAAGAAGCUGAGUUCUCAAAACACUUCCCCAUCUUCAUAUGGAGUGUGAGAGACUUUACUCUGAAGCUGGAAAUAAAUGGAAAGCUGGUUACAGAGGAUGAGUAUCUGGAGAACGCACUCAAACUGAAGGAACCUGAAAAGACCAAUAAAGAUCGGCAAUUCAACCUCCCCAGGAAGUGCAUGCACAUGUAUUUUAGAACGCGUAAAUGCUUUGUGUUUGAUCGUCCUGCUGAAAAAGACAUUCUUCAAAGGAUUGAUGAAGUUCCUGAUAGUGAGCUUCAUACAGCAUUUGUAGCUCAAGUAAAAACAUUUUGUGAUUUUGUCUUUGAAAAUGCUCCUGUUAAAGAAUUAGAUGGGAUUCACCAGGUUACCGGGAAAAUGCUGGGCAAUAUGACCAAAACAUACACAGAGACCAUACGUCGUGGAGAUGUCCCCUGUCUGGAAAAUGCAGUUCUGGCCAUGUGUGAGAUAGAAAAUACAGCUGCAGUUCAGGAAGCCUCUCAGUAUUAUAAGACAAAUGUGAAAACUAGAGUGGAGUUUCCAACGGACACUAUGAAGCAGUUUAUGGACGUGAGCGGAGAAUGUGAGAAGGAAGCUAUUCAGAUCUUUAUGAAAAGAUCAUUCAAGGAUGAGGAACGACAGUUCCAGAGAAAGUUAAUGGGAGAAAUAUACAAGAUAAAAGAAGACUUUUUAAAGCAAAAUGAGACAGCAUCUAUUAAAUAUUGCCAGAGCCUCAUAAAGAAGCACUCAGUGGAGCUGGAGAAAGCAUUGGCUGAAGGUUCCUUUAGUAUUCCUGGUGGGCACCAGAAGUUUAAGGACACAAUGAAAAAAAUAACUGCCAGUUACAAUGAAGAGCCUAAGAAAGGAGUUCAGGCUGAAGAAGUUCUUCAGGAAUUUUUAAAAUCUAAGGAGUCAAUAGAAAAUACCAUUCUAAAAAGCGAUGAUGCUCUAACUGAAAAGCAAAAAGAAAUAGAAGAGGAAAAAGCAAAAGCAGAAGCCCAAGAGAUUGAGAGAAAGGUAUCGGAGAAGAGAGAAUCCCAGCAAAAGCAGAAAAUUGAUGAUCAAAUAAAAACUGUAGCUGAGAACACAGAGCAGCUAUUGGAGAAAUUAAAGAUGGAGAGGCAGAAACAUCAGCAUGAAUUGGAACGUUUAAUGUUUGAAAAGAGGCGCGAACAGGAGCUCUUAUGUCAUCAGGGAAGUUAUCACCAAGCCAAACUGUACCAGGCUCAAAUUGAAGAUAUACAGAAAGAGAGGAGGGAAAGCAAUGAUCCUGAGUGGUACACACCUAUUAUCGAGACAUUCAAGAGCGCGGCAAAAGUUAUUUUACCAGCAUUAAUAAAUUUAGGUGAACAAUAUGUAAAAGAAAAAAGAAAAAAUGAUCAAGCAAACAAAACAACUGAUUAGCGCUGCGGAAUCUGUUGACGCUCUACAAAUAACCGAUAAUAAUAAUAAUAAUGCAUCCUCAAGUGCUGGAAAGG